CCUCGCCUGCUCCGGGCCGGGCAGCGGAGGCGGCAGAUCCUCCGUAGCCCCCUGUGCCCCCCAUCCCACCACCAGAGCCCAUGGCAACCCAGCUGCCCGUCCUGUGCCUCCUGCUGGGAAUGUGGGCCAUCCCAGACCRUGGAAGAGCCACCUGGAUCCCUGGAGAGCCCACCCUGCGGCUCACCGGAGGYGGCUGCCGCUGUACUGGGAUACUGGAGGUGAACUGGGCACAGUGGUGGAGACGAAUUUGCUGGGAAAGCGUGAGCGUGGCUGACCUGGAUUGGAUCUGCCAGCGGCUGGAGUGCGGCCCCUUCACCCCCGAGCCCCUGGAGAUGGUUAUUCCCAGCGGGAAGAGGCCACAGAGCCAGGCUACGAGGUGCAGGGGGCCACCAGGCACACCRGGAUGCCACUGGGAGCUGGAAAACUGCACGGAGCACGUCAUUGUCACCUGCAGAGAGCCGGUGAAAACCACUCCCAAGCCCYCAUCGGCACCCCCGGCCACCACCCCGGAGCCCACGGGACCCCCCAGGCUGCGGCUGGUGGACGGGAAUUUCAGCUGCUCCGGCUUCCUGGAGCUGCACAAGCAGGGGCUGUGGGGGGCCGUGGCGAGCAUCCCGCACAUCUGGCCACAGCUGGUCACCCUCAUCUGCCGGGAACUGCGCUGCGGCAACGCUGGGGACGGGCACGGCCAGCCAGAUCCMGGGAUCCACCUGCCGGUGAGGUGGGAAGUGCUGGAUUCCUGUGGGAGCCCUGCCCUGCUCGACUGCUUCAACAGGACCAGCCCCCGGGGGAAAACACCCGCUUUUAUCACCUGCUCAGAUUCCCAGCCACGGGCCCUGCGGAGGCUGGCAGCCGGCCCCACUCCCUGUGAAGGGGACAUCCAGCUAUUCCACGAGGGACAGUGGCGGGAUCUGUGCGACUCCGGAGCGGCGCAGCGAGCUCAGCGUGGCCGGCAGAUCUGCCGGGAGCUGGGCUGYGGGAAUCUGACAUCCAGCACGGAAAUCCGGGAGCCUCCCUCGACGGGAGUCACCUGUGGGGUCGGCCCCCUGCACCUCUGCCAGCCCAAGCUUGGGAAUAUCCAGAGCUGCUCCCGGACCAGAGUCGUGUGCCAGGACUCGAAGUCGCUUCCCAGUGGGACAUCUGCUGGAACCAUUGUGAGCAUCUGCCUGGCCCUGCUGCUUUUCCUCAUCCUCAUCCUCAUCUGUGGCCCUCCUGCGUACCGGAAGAUGAUGAAGAGAAUUUCCAAGAGGAAGCAGCGGCAAUGGAUCGGCCCCACGGGACUCAACCAGACAGUGUCUUUCCACCGCUCCAGCACSGCGCCAAGGCCUCGGGCACAGGGAGGGGACAAUGACUACGCUCAGCCCCCCCAGAAGAGCUCCCAGCUCUCUGCUUACCCAGCCCUGGAAGGAGCGUGCCGGCGUUCCAACCCUCCGGAUAACUCCUCGGACAGCGACUACGACCUGCACUCUGCCCGCAGGGUGUGAUUCCCUGCUUCCCAAAGGAGCUGAYCCUUCUCCCACCUCUGCUUGAGGGCAUCCCAGCAUUCCAGCGCCCUUCCACAAGCAUUUCCCAGUCUCCUUGGAGGAGAAAAGGAGGCUUUGGGUUUUUUUUUUAAAGCUAUUUAUAGGAAUUUAAGAGGCAGGUGGGGUGCAAGGAGUCCUUUGGAAUAGUGGGAUCACCAGUUUCUCCAAACCAGGAUAGAGUCGGGAUGAUGGAUAAAGGAAAGGGAUGUGAGKGUGGGAAUACUGGGAACGAAUCUGAGAUAUUUAAUAACCAACAAAUACAAUAAA